GAAAGAGAUCCAUUCAACUUCAACCAUUAAAAAAGGUAGCUACCCCUUCAACGAAAACCUUUCUACAUACCUCCUUCCUUUAGUUACUUUAAUUAAUUUAUUCAUCGUACCUACCAACUCCCACGAAGAAAGCGCAUAGAAAUAUUUCACCUCUCCCUUCCUUCCUUAUCCUAUUGGAACCAUUACAAUCUGUAAAUUAUGGCCAAUUCUGUAAGUUGACAAACCAUUUCAAACAUAAUCCUGGGCCUUACAUUCUCUUUUCCACCUUCUCUACCGUCUCAACAGUCGAAAAAUGACUCUGGCAAGCUCUUUGGUUGGCGGGAAACGUCUCAGUCACUCUUCUCUUUUCCACAAGUUUCCAGCACAUCCAAAGCUAACAGAUCCAAUGUUUCAGCAACGACUCCCUCCACAACAACCCAGCUAUAAUCAAGCUUAUAUGCCAAAUGGUGCUGUAGCAGGUCAUACUGGUAUUCCACCUGGAGCUACUCCUUUACUCCCAAAUAACGGUAGAAUCAUACAAACUGGAGGCGUGAGAGUUCUGUGCGUGGCAGACGUACGAGGUGAGCUUGACCUGGAGAUUUGACUUUUCAGGCAACGCUGACAACUCGAAAGGAAAUUUAAGAUCACUUAACGAACUCGCAAAGCAAGCACGCGCGGAUCACAUUAUUCAUACUGGAGAUUUCGGUUUCUAUGAUGACACCUCUCUGGAUCGCAUUGCUGAAAAGUGAGCUCUACAAGUUGUUCAGCACCUUGGUCACCCCACUGACAAAUUUAAAUAGGACCCUCAAACAUGUCGCCCAAUAUUCUCCACUCAUUUCAGAAGCUACAAAAAAAGCAAUCGCAUCACCAGGCGGGCCAGUAAAGUCAAGAUUUAGUCCUGGCGAUCUCCCACUUUCCGAGUUACCACAAUUCCUAAAUGGCAGUCUUAAGCUUGAUGUACCAGUCUACACAGUCUGGGGUGCAUGCGAGGAUGUGCGAGUUCUUGAAAAGUUCAGAUCGGGCGAAUACAAGGUUGAUAAACUUCACAUCAUUGAUGAAGCACGCUCAAUGCUUUUGGAAAUUGGAGGUGUUAAGUUGAGACUUCUAGGUCUCGGCGGCGCAGUUGUCAUGCACAAACUUUUUGACAAUGGCGAAGGUAGAACCACAAUUGCUGGUGGGCAAGGAACCAUGUGGACUACACUUCUUCAAAUGGGCGAGUUGGUAGAUACAGCCAAUCGUGUAUACGACCCCACCGAAACCCGCGUAUUCAUCACCCAUGCAUCUCCAGCUCGCGAAGGUAUUUUGAAUCAGCUUUCAGUAACCCUCAAGGCCGACUUCUCGAUAUCCGCUGGAUUACAUUUCAGAUAUGGAAGCUCUUACAAUGAAUUCAGUGUCAAUCCUACCUUGGACCAUUAUCGGGGCAAGCUCGCUGCAUCCAAAGCUUCCUUCAAUGACGUAUGGGAGACUGUCAAGAGCGAGGUUCAACCGGCCAUUUCUCAAAAUGAAGCCCAACAAAACCUUCUUAACAAUGCCCUUGGCAUAGUAGAGAAGAUGCCAAGCACCGCACAUGGAGGCAACCCAUUCGGCGGCCCUGUUGGUGGUUCUAAUGCCGCUACUUUAGGUCAAGUCGAUGAGAGCGCAUUCAAAAAUAUGUGGAACUUCAACUUGGCUGAUGCUGCCUUUGGAUGGUUAGUUUUGGAAGUACAAGAUGGUCGCAUUGGUACUGAAAUGCGAGCCCAAGGAUUCAACUUCGCUCACCGAGGUGCGAAACAGCAUCCGGGCCAUCAACAGCAGCAAGCUCAAGCUCCUGCUACCGGCUCUGGAACACCUGGAUCAAGCCAAAACCUUGUAUCGUCAGCACCGCCUACUGGUCCAGCUCAGCGUUCACCUGCCGCACAACCUCCAGCGCAACCAUAUGUUCAACGCGGACAAAAUCAACAACAGACCAGGCCCCCACCGGCUGGUCCUGAACGUACGGCAGAGUCUCCAGCUCCAUUCCAAGCCAAGCCCGCUACACCACAACCGGCCCAAAACAACGUUGUCAAUCUUCCAUCUGCCAAGGAGAAUGAGAAAACUACUGCGACUACAAAUGGCGCAGAAAACUCGUCCCCAGCAGCCAAGCCUUCAGCUGAACAAAUUAUUGGUCUCUUCGUUAUGAACGUGACCUCCGAAGAUCAUGUUCGAGAGUUGUUCCAUGACGAUGAUAAGGCGAAGAUCAUUAGGAUCGAUAAAUGGGGUACAUCGAACAAGGUUGCUGUCUUCAAGACAACUCAGGAGAGAGAUGAUGCUCUAGGCCGUCUACCUUCAGAGGUAACACAACGUAGCAGUGAGGACCGUUCAAGGCCUUUGGUGAAGCUAUUCCAGGUUAGAGAUAAUAGUAAGUCAUACUCUUCGAGCCGUGGAGGUGCCGGCAGCUGGGGAAGCAGCAGGGGUGGCAACAGCAGUGCCCCUCGAGGGGGUUACGGAAGUGGAGGUGCAAGCGACAGUGAAGGUGGUCGCGGUGGGCGAGGAAGUCGAGGUGGAUCUACCCGUGGACGAGGAAGUGAUAGAGGUAGAGGAGGACGCGGCGGACGAGGUGGCUUCAACAAGGAAGGUGGAGCAUCUCCUGCUCAGGCUUCAGCAACACCAGCAGGAGCUGAUUCUUGAUCAACCAAAAUACUCGACAUCAUACACCAAUGAUCUUCAUUACUUUCUUACACCAAAAAGUCAUUUCUCCUACAGUAAAUCUUCUUAAUGGUCACUCAUUGUGAACAGAAGAUAUCUGUCUUGACAGAGGCUCGGCCAUAUUAGUAUUUCGGCUUUUUUUUUCGUCCUCAUACAAAAAAUAUUUAAGGUACCGGAGUGGAGUUUAAACGUUUGCUUAUACUUCACGUUUCAUACCUUGUUUUUAUGUGCAGGCGAUGAUUGCUACUAGUUCGUUUUAUUUCCUUCGCAUCUGUACUUUUGAUACGGGUAGCUUUGAGUCGCAUCACAUCAUCUAUCUCAUUAUGGAAUGAGAUAAUCGAAACGAAUCGAAUGAAUAGCGUUGCACAUGUAUUCUAGUUUUUACCUCAAUUCCAAUAGGGGAAAACGAGAGAAUGGGAAGUUGGUGGUUGCAGAGUGUCAGAACGAGGGUAGUUGUCAAAUGAUUGCAGAAGCAUAGAAAAUACCAAUAAAUUUUUAGUAAAUG